AUGUUAAAAGACACAAUAUUAGAUAUUCCUCAACAAGUUGACCUGACUAGUUCUCUUAUCGAAAGCUUGCUAAAAUAUGUUGAAGAACGCUACGAAUUUUGUUCUAAGCCGAUUCACUUUGCAGCCAAUCUUCUUGAUGCUCGCUUUAAAGGAGAACAAUUGAAUGAAGACCAACUAAUGGAAGCAAUAGACUUCAUUUCUGAAAUGGCUCGUUCACUAAAUCUAGAUGUAGGGAAGGUGGUGGCAAAUCUAGCCCAAUUUAGAACAAAAACUGGAUUUUUUAGUCGAAAUUCUUUAUGGGAUAGUGCGAAUAGUACUCAUCCGGUUAUAUGGUGGCAAGGCUUGUGUACAUCGCAGCCACUUAUGCCAAUUGCCUCCCGAAUUUUAAAAAGACCGCCAUCUUCCGCCUGUUCAGAAAGAAACUGGUCUUUACACGGUCUCAUACAUACAAGCAAAAGAAAUAGAUUAUCACAGGAUAAAAUUCAGAAGCUGGUUGCUAUUCAUUCUAAUUUGGUUAUAAACGAAAAACAGACAUUCAUUUAUGAUGCUAGACCAGUUCCACUUUUAGAAGACACUGGCAAAGAUUAUGCUGUUUUGUCCGUCCAUGAAGACGAAGCGGAGAUCGAGUCUGAAUCAGAUGCUUGGUCUGAAGAUUCAAACUCAGACUCAGAUGAAAAUAUACCUCUGAGCGCUUAG